AAGUUUUCACCAACCUGCGGACUGAUUCACGCUGAAACUGCGCCCCGGAUUGAGAUUAGCGGACAAUGUUUGUGUCAGCUGCUAUUGUCAUGACGGUGCUGUGUCUCUGUCCCACCCACCUUGCGUUUGGACAGGACUGUCCUGGUCGACAGGAAAUGCAGAACUCUCUGAAACAAGUGCAGAAACUUCUCUCAGCUCAUGAAGCCUCCUACUUGCAGAGUCUCCGCACCCUGAAGAAGAAAAUAAACCUGCUACAGGGCACAGCAAAACAGCCCGCUAGAGCCAACAACAACACGUGUCCAAAACUGGAUGCACCGGCCAAUGGCAGGAAACUGGGCAAGGUGCUGACCGUGGGCCAUGAAGUUCACUUUCUGUGUGAUGCUGGCUAUGAGCUGGUGGGGUCAGAGAGCAGAAUAUGUCAGGAAAGCCUGAGCUGGAGUGGCCAGCAGCCUCUCUGUCGAGACAGUAAUGAGUGCGCGUCCGCCCCGUGCCUGAAUGGUGGGACUUGUGUGGAUGAGGUGAACCAGUUCUCUUGCAUCUGUGCCAAAGGCUGGGCUGGAGCGACCUGCCAGAGCCCUGUGCCAACAUUCUUUGUCACCAUGACAAACACCUCGGCCGCCUCCUCCUCAGUUGCUGCUGCUGGUGCUUUGCCAGCUGCCACCACUGGGCCUUUUGUCCGCCCAUCACGUUGCACACAAGUGCAGGGAACCACCCACUGCACCUGUGAACCAGGAUACACCAUCUCUGGCAGGGACAGCAACACCUGCACCGAUAUUGAUGAGUGUGAACUGUUCCAUAAUGGACAGGCUGGACGACUAUGCUUACACUCCUGUGUUAACACCCCUGGAGGCUACCGCUGUACCUGUCCUGCUGGAUACAACGUGACCCGCGAUGGGCGCAGUUGUAAAGACAUUGAUGAAUGCGCGACCAGACAGAACAACUGCACAAGGGACCAGAUGUGCGUUAACACAUACGGUGGUUUCCAGUGUGUCCGCGUGGACUGUCCCCGAAUCCGUAAUGCUACAUAUGUCAAGACAUCCCCUAUGCGUUGUGAACGUAACCCCUGUCCCGUGGACAACAAGGCAUGCUCUCAGGCCCCAAACUCCUUCUCCUACCAUUACCUGUCUGUGGUGUCCAAUCUGUCUGCUCCUCGCGUCAUGUUCCGUGUGACAGCGAUGCGCCCAAUGGGUGACACGCUCCGUUUCUCCCUGCUGGGGGGAAAGCAGGCUCGACGCCACUUCACAGUGCAGCGUUCAGACCGGCAGACGGGUCAGCUGAUGCUGGUGAGCCCAGUGCAGGGCCCUGUCACGCUGGAGGCGGAGGUGGAGAUGAGCGAGCUAGAGAAACGUGUCCAGCUGGGGAGGUACAUCACCAAGGUCACCAUGUUUGUUUCCCAGUACGAGUUCUAGAGAGAGAGGAGGAGGACAGAAGGAUUGGAGUGAAGACACACGUAGGGUCCAUUGGCUAAAGAACACGUGGACCAAACAACAACUGGCUUGCAUUUUGCUGUGGGCUCCAUGUUUGGUUAAGGCCAUGUAAUAAUCUGAUGUAUAGUGGUGACCAUCUUAGAAGUCUUGCAUCACAGAUCUCUCCUUAUCUCCUGCAUUAAUAUGUACCCAGGAGGAGAUGUUGAAGCCUAUACAUUCUCAAAAGUGUAGUAAAGUAGUCCUGAGCAGGCAUACUGUCUCUCAGAUGACGGCGGAUCAGCGGCUGUUUCAAACAGCUGCUUGCAGUAAAUGUAUUAGAAGAUGCGCUCCUCAGUGGCUGUAUCUGUAAAGACUUACACAAAGUUGAAUUGAGUGAAGUGUCUCAGCUUGCUUAAAGGUGCACUAUGUAUGAUAACUUAUGUGCCAGUGAUAUUCCAGUGUUUUUUGUCAUCUUAGUCCUGAUUUCAAUCAAUCCUCAGUUUUCUUUAGUGCUCCUUUAAGUAUAAGAGCAAGACGUUUACAUGGAUUACCUAUAACAGGUUCAUGGCACAAAGAUAAGAGAGAUAGGGGCAGUAGAGGUGAAGAGGAACAUGAGGUAAUCCAACGCUUGACUGGGCAAUAACUGGGUACGGCUGGCAGUCCACACUGAAACAGAGUGCCGUUUCCAUAAAUGUUGACAGCCCUGCCAUCAGUUGACCUUUAAAUGGUGUAUACUGUUUAUGCGAUCUAUGAUAUGUGAAGAUUUCCUAAUCCUCAUUACAAUCACAUUUUUAUUUAUAUUCUGUUGUUAAUAUAACUCUAAAUCUGCUUGCUUCUCAUCCAAACAUCAUUA